CAGUGUGUCGUCAUUCAGCAUGAUGGAUAGUGGCAGCGGUGUAAAGCCGUGCCAUUUCCUUCUGAACUCGAUUUUCGGUAACAAUUGUCCAACAGCAAAACCGAGUAAUACUGAUGCAGCAGCAGGCGACACGAAGGCAUUCAGUCAAAUCUGGACUAAUAGUUUAAUGGACGCGCUGGUGUUCAUAUUUGUACGUUUGUUCGCGAUUCCUCGAUGGUUUUUGGCCUUAUUGGUGUCAACGAAAUGGCUGGCUGCACGAACAAUCGAUGCCGUGGUCGGUGUACUGUUGAGACGCAUUCUGCAGAUUGCGUUCACUGAAUCGAAUUGCGUUCGUAUGGUGACACUGAUACAAGAUGCAUUGUUCAGUGCAGAUCAAUCAACAACUACUGAU